CACAACACAGCAUGUGCAAUGUAAACAAAAGACAACAUCGUCACCUAUGCAGACAUAAAAUAAUCAAAUGGAGCAUCAGGCACACGGAAGCUCUCUACGUCCUGACUUUUGCGUGUGCCGUGUGGGGGAAGUCUGAGAAGUCAACAAUAGUGAAAGAACAAUAGAGGUGAAAAAUAUAACUGUAUCUGUGGAGGAUUAUUGUUUAAGGUUGCAGCUGCAGCUCGUGAGCUUAAUGGACAAAGAAUUUUUUCUCUGAACAAUGUUCGCAAGAGCGCCAGCGAAGUGACAAGACGCUUCAACGGAUCAAGGGUCCAAUAUCCAGAUUAAAUAGAGAACGAAGCAUUAGGAAAACGGAUCUCUUCCUGUGUCCGUGCUUGGGGCAGAUGGUAGUAGUAAAAAAUGGCAGCCCUCAUAAUCAGCUGUUCAGUGGACGAUCCGUGGCAACUCGCGUUGGGGUUUGGAGGAGAUAGCAUUGUUUGUGACACGGAGAGUGCGGGCGAAACGACCUCAGCAGGAGGUGGCCAACAUGGAGGCUUUGAAGAUAACUUCGAGCCAUUUGAUCGUGUGACUUGUUGUUCAGAAGUCAUCGAAAAGGAGCACGACAAGGACGAUACGAUACCACGGUUUAAAAUGCCAGACAGUCAACGAUACUUGAAUAAUCUCGAAGACAAACUACGGCGACUUAAGAUGUCGAAGAAAAGCGAAAGAGACGAAGCACGGCGUAUGGUGAGCGAACUGGGUUUGCACAAGAAGGGCAGAUGGGAAAAUGCUAUGCAGGACGUGACGCCAAUCGGUUUUUCUGCAGAUGAGCCACACGACGACCCCUACACCGUACCAUUUAUCGUUCGGAUGCUUUACCCAGAGCGGAGCCCGUUGAGAGCAGAGGAACUGCAAAAACUUGUUGAUAAUGAUUGUCUCACAGCUUUCGUCAGCUUCGAGGGGGACCCCGUUACGCUCAGUCCCGAAACGGCAUCGUCCCCACGCAGCAGCAGUCCUAAGAGCACUGGGCGUUAGGUGCUCUUAACUUGUUUGUUUGCCUAUACGUAUUCGCUGAAAAUGUCAUUUUGUGUAUAUAACAUAUGGGUGCAUGUACAAAACCCGUCGAAAAGAAUAAACGUAUUCAUUUAGGAUGAAAUAACCAUUGCAAAAGCA